GCAUAUGAAAUGGAGAUAUCAGAUAUUUCUGAUAUCGACUACAACAAAGGGUUGCCGCUGAACAAAGUAAGCAAGCUCCCGAAAUUCGAUUUCACUGGUUGCAUGGCGAUGGAUCCUCGCGAUCACAUUUGUUGCACAAUCUGCUUACAGGAUUUGGAGGAGGGAGACCGUGCAAGAAGACUCCCUAGUUGCAGACAUCUCUUUCAUUUGGUUUGCAUAGAUGAGUGGCUACUUCAAAAUGGAUCAUGUCCUAUUUGUAGAAAAGAUGUUUGAUGCAAAAGAAGAA